AUGACCUUCAAAUCUCUCGUCUGCGUCGUGGACUUUCACCAUGCCCGUGGCCCGGAGAUCGAACACUGGAUCGGCGUCCCCGAGGGCAGCGACCCAGCGAUCGAGAAUGACUGGAGUCUAAUACCAUACAUGGCCCUCCCAGACGGCGCCCACCAAAGCGACGAAGAAUUUAGCUACUUCUCCCUCGUCUACAAAGCCAGCAGUAAUGGAGGCGAGGACGUGGAACCGACGAGUGUGUUUGGGAUCAGCUGUAUGCAGCAGAUACCGGCCGACUCGCUGAAGUGGAAGAGUAAGGACGUCACGCGCAGUGCGGUGCAGAAGGCCGUGGUAGCUAUUACCGAGCAGCCGGAGCGGUUCUCCAAGUUGAGGGAGAAGUUGAGUGUGGUUACCCGGGCGUGGUUCGAUCAGAGGGAUUUCCGGGAUACGGAGAUUUUGCAGCGUUUCCAGGAGAAUUUGUGCAGAGAGCCGCCGCCGAGUAUGCUGGAGGAUGAUGGUUAUCAGUACUUUGGACUUAGUUUGAGGGAGCUGGUGCAUCAGUAUAAGUGGCAGAUUCUGGUGUUGUUUAAGUGCUUGCUCCUGCAACCUAAGAUGCUCUUCUUCGGCUCCCACUGCGAACACAUCUGUCAGAUGCAAUUCUCGCUUAUCUCGUUGAUACCGAAUCUCGUUCGAUGUCUACAGGAUUGUGCUGAUCCUCAGAUGAACCAUCAUGCCGAAAGCCUACGGAAGCCUGACGCAGUUAAGACGAGUGACAGGGCCUCUCUACUAAAUUACCUUGGUGUGCCUAUGCAAUUAUUUGGCAAGGGAAGCGUAUUCGGACCAUACACGCCAUUACAACAAUUGGACAUCCUUACGGAUCUGGACACGAAGAGCUAUGUUGUCGGUAGCACAAACGCUCUGCUCAUCCAGCAGAAAGACCGUUACUGUGACGUUCUGGUUGACCUUGAUGAAAAGACAGUAAACGUGCUCUCGCCCACUCUACGAGCUGCAGUCACAUUGUCCACCGCAGACCGAAGAUGGAUCGACUUUCUAACCCAACAGGUCAAUGAGACGUGGGAUGAGACUGACCCGUCCAGACCGAAAACCCACGGCUAUGCGGGUAGCGAGGAAUUCAUCAGACUACAGUUCGAAGAGUACCUGCUGGCCCUCCUGUCUGCGGAGAAUUAUCAUCAGUACCUUGCCAAACAUGGCAGCGAUGGUCAUCCGAAAGCACUACUAGCCGAUAUUGACGGCAAUCCGUCAGCAGAUUUUGCACCUGGCUUUCUCGAAGCUUGGCGGCAGACAGAGAACUACAGACUCUGGGCGAGGAAUACAGAUAGCCACCUGUUCGACAUAGUGGAGCCACGACAUCCAUGUGCUGGAGGUCUGACGAUCGAUGAUGUUCAGAGAAGGUUAGCAGCACAGGUAGCCGAGCUUCAUCUUGACGAGCGCUUCAAUCAAACGAGGGACGUGGUCAACAAACGACUAGCAGAUGGACGGACCCAGGUUACGGGAGCGUUCAACAAGGUCUGGGCCGAUAUCGAAGUGAUGCGUGAAGCACAGCGGAAGAGGGCAGAAGAAGGACGAGAUGCUGCUGCCAUGGGAUCACCACCUCGACCAUCAUCGUCGCGAGGCGGCGACGAAAAGAGUGGUGCAGCAGCUACGUAUGGCAGACCUGAUCUACAACAAGCGCAGGCUAGCGUUGCCGCUGCAAGUCAGCGAGCAGGUGCUUACUUGAGUUCAUGGGGUACCUGGGCUGCGGAGAAGCGGAAGACGGGCUGGAACAGAACAACGAGCGGACAGGGUACUAAUGCCGAGAGCAGGCCCUCUGAGGAUAGGCCAAAGGUAACGACUGUUAGUGAGCUGGAGCGAGAGGACGCACACAAAGUCAGGCCGGAGCCUGUUGCGGAACCGGGCGAGGAGAAGGGCGAUGCCGGAUAA